AUGCUUGGUCCAAUACGCCCCUUUGACUUCCUCGUCGAGGCAUCAAAUCCUGCUUUCAAAAAGGUGAUCAACGGCGAUUCUGUUGUCCUAGGCUAUCGCUGGCCUCAUGGCUACGGAUCUCGUCCCGCGACGACGACAGCCCAGAACGGCCUGGUGCUGUCCCAGAUCUGCGGCAUCGAGUUCCAGGAGGACUGCGAGGGCAUAGCCCGCGACGCCACGCUGACGGGCUGA